AUGCUCGACAAGAUCAUUGAGGAAAGCCAUUUGGAGGCGACCCGCACUCACUGGGCCGGUCUUGGGCAGGCUGUGCAGGGUGGAGAGGUUGAGAUUGAUGGCUGUCAAUUGACUAUCGGCGAGUUGGUGGCUGUAUCGAAACACGGUUGCCCAGUUCAUCUCACCGACCGGCCCGAGACAAUCGACGCCAUCAAUGAUAGUGUAGCGGCUUUGGCAGAGUGCAUUCGCGAAGGGUACCACAUCUAUGGAGUCAACACCGGAUUCGGGGGCAGUGCAGACUCUCGCACCGGUCAUAUGGUCACCUUACAAAGCGCACUCUUGCAGCUCCUUCAAAGCGGUAUUCUCACAACCGCUGACACUAGCACCGACCGCUCUGGGUCAAACUUGCUAGGGCUGGAGCAUCACUCGAUGCCUCCAGAAUGGGUCAAGGCCACAAUGCUUGUCCGUAGUAAUACGGUCGCGAGGGGUCAUUCCGCAGUCUCCGUGUCUGCCAUCAACUCUAUUAUACGACUGCUGCGUGAGGAAAUCACACCGGUCGUCCCCUUACGCGGGACAAUUUCCGCCUCUGGGGAUCUGAUGCCCCUCGCUUACGUGGUGGGCGCCGUUGAAGGUAGCCCUGACGUCUUCGUGCAGGUAGGAGGAAGAGAACAUCAAGAAAUCAUCACUGCACAAAAGGCGUUGAAGAGUAUUGGAACGGAUGCACUAACACUCGGACCGAAAGAAGCACUUGGGCUGGUCAAUGGCACGGCUGCGUCCAGCGCGCUUGCGGGUCUUGUGCUGUACGAGGCGCAUCAGCUGGCUUUGCUCGCUCAAGCCGUUACUGGUCUGACAGUCGAAGCCCUGCAAGGGAACGCGGACAGCUUCCACCCUUUCAUCGCCGAGGUUCGCCCACAGGGAGGCCAGAUCGAAGCGGCGAAAAACAUUCUCGCGUUUUUGCGAGGGUCGCAGCUGACUCAAACCGGCGGUAAAACGCACGAGGGCCUGGCACAGGACCGAUACUCUCUGCGCACAGCGAGCCAAUGGAUUGGGCCCCAACUGGAGGAUCUGCUUCUGGCAGAUCGGCAGGUUGCCAUUGAACUCAAUUCCACGUCCGAUAAUCCUCUGAUCGAUACAGCGGCCAAGACAUUCUAUUCUGGCGGCAACUUCCAAGCCACAUCGGUGACCUCAGCAAUGGAAAAGACUCGGCUCGCGUUGCAGAUGCUGGGUAAGCUGCUGUUCGUGCAGUCUAGCGAGACCAUCGAUCCCAGCCUGAACAACGGGCUGCCAACCAAUCUCGUCGCCGACGACCCUAGCCUCUCGUUCACGAUGAAAGGGGUAGACAUUAACAUGGCGGCCUACAUGUCCGAGCUGGCAUACCUGGCGAACCCGGUCAGCUCUCACGUGCAGACGGCAGAAAUGCACAACCAGGCCGUAAACUCCCUCGCCUUUCUGUCAGCGCGCUACACAAUGCAAGCUGUCGACGUGGUGUCCAUGAUGGGCGCCUGCUCACUAUAUGUGGCCUGCCAAGCCUUGGACUUGCGAGUCCUGCAGCUCCAGUUCUUCCAAGACCUGCGACCUUUCAUCCACCGCACCACCAAAGAUGCGUUUGGGUCGGUCCUUGAGCCGCAAGAGAUUGACCGACUGUCCUCACACUUGCUGGACAAGGUCCGCAACUCCUGGACUUCGACCUCGCGCAUGGAUCUGUGCCAGCGCUGCCAACGGGUUGUCGAGAUGACGCUGCCUUUUCUGUUCACGGAGCUGUCGACUCAGAUCCCGUCGGUCCGUCAGAGCCAUGGCCUGAUUGACGGGAUCACAGACUGGCAGACGGAGACCUCGAUGCAGAUAGAGGUCCUGUACCGCGAGACGCUUGCCCGUUCUUUCAUUUCCCAGGCCACCGUAGACUAUCUUGGGGCCGGAUCGAAGGCAAUGUACAUAGCCAUCCGUCGAGACGUCGGGGUUCCCUUCCAUCAAGGAUUUGCUGAACACCCUCUAUUAGGUCUCGAUGGAAAGCCUGAGCUGUUGAAUGGGCGAGCUAAGAGGACGAUUGGGGGCUGGAUCUCGAUGAUUUAUGAGGCUUUGCGAGGCGGGAAGUUAACCGAGGCAUUGCUGAAAUCUUUCGAUUAG